GCGCAUGCGUUAAAUCAAGGGUUCAAUCCCAGGCUCCGGCCUUCCUGUGUAGAGUUUGCAUGUUCUGCCCGUGCCUGCCUGGGUUUUUCCGGGCACUCUGGUUUCCCCACACAUCCCAAAAACAUGCAUGGUAGGCUGAUCAAACACUCUAAAUUGUUCCCAGGUAUGAGUGUGUGCGCAAAUGGUUAUAUGUCUCCUUGUGCCCUGCGACUGGCUGGCAACAGAUUCAGGGUGUAGCCCGCAUACUGCCCCUAGUUAGCUGGGUUUGGCUCCAGCACCCUCGUGACCCUCGUGUGGAUAAGCGGCUCGGAAAAUGAAUGGGGAAAAAAACAAAAAUCAAGAAAAUCCUAACCAAGACUGCUCACUGCAUCAAAUUGAAUUAUUUUCUAUAUACAUUUAUAUAAAACAAAAUACUGCAAUCCUACAUAGUUUGCUACUUCGAUUUGAUUUUUGACCAUUGAUCUAAUGGAGAGGCACUGUAUAAGUGACAAGCUCCAUCUUUUGUUAAAGCUGAGAAGUGCGAAAGAAUGUAGGCGAAACUCAAGUUUCUUGUGUGGGCCAUAUUUAAUGAUAUUUUCAUAAUUUGCUGCGGGCCAAUUAAAACUGGCCAGUUGGACCAUACGCCGUAGUUUGGACACCCUCGGUUUAAAUAAAAUGUCCCAAAUGUGUGUAUUCCCACCUUAACUCAUUAGCCACCAUUGACGGUGAUAGAUGUCCAAAUCAUUUGAACUGGCAGAGGCUCCCCCAGUCCAAAUCGAUUGGACGGCUACUUCAGUCAAUAGAAGUGAAUAAAUUCAUGUUAAUUUUUUCCAUAUAGGGAGGGGUGUCAUCUGUGGGACAUCAUGGGCGGGGCUGCUUGCUUGUUUUCUCACAUGUAUCAGGGGUCUGGAUUGCAUUUAAAACACAUGUUGGUGCUCAUGUGUGUGGAGAUGAAAAUGCUUCUUGAUGGAUUUAAUUUAGAAAAGAAAGGAUGGACAUUGGAUAAAAUGCUAGACGAAAAACACUGCUGGCUCCAUUGAACAAAAGGAACCUUCAAGAAACUCUUUGAAUUUUAUGAGCUCUGAAUUUGUUGUCUACUUGCUCAAGUGGACACUGCAUCAAAGCUUCACAAAUAAGACAUUCAAGUUUUAAAGCCCCUCCAUUUGGCUGGCGGGUGUCUGGGGGCUGCUGUUGUGACAGGUUACGUCGUCUGGCUCACACACAAGCAGCUGCAGAGGGUUGAAAGUUUAUACAUGAAGGAGGUCAGCUAGUCUGGCAGUCGGAGAGGCGGCCAGCUGUGAAAAGGAAGACAAGUUGAGAGCGAGUGCUUCUUCGAGGGCAGACUGGAGGUGAAGAUGAAGAGGGUUUUUUGUGGAACAUCCUGCUUGGUGAUGCUGCUGGUGGAACUCUUCUGGAUUAAUGGGACUCUCGGACUGCAAAGAGAUGCGGGAAGUAGGGUGAUGAAGCAGUGGGAGAGGAAAGUGCGUUCGGCCUCCAGCCUUGACGAACUCCUUCGACUCGCAGACUUCCCUGACUGGAAGUUGUGGAAGUGUCGCAUGAGGUUACAGCAGUCAGAUUCUCUUUUCUCGCCACCUUCAGCCGGCUCACACCGAUCGACGCGCUACGCCGCAGAGUCUUUCAGCCUGGAGAUACUUAAAGCCGUAGAUGAGGAAUGGCAACGGACACAGUGCAUGCCAAGAGAGACGUGUGUGGAUGUGGCCAAGGAGCUGGGCACUGACCCAUCCAUGUUCUUCAAGCCACCUUGUGUGUCCGUUCAUAGAUGUAGCGGCUGCUGCAAUCAAGAAGGUGUGACAUGUAGAAACACAAGUACAGUGCUGGUCAAUAAAACUGUCCUUAGCGUGAUUCCUUUUAAUUUUGUCCCAGAGCCCGUGCUGAUAAAAGUAGCAAAUCAUACAGAAUGCAGAUGCAUGGAGCCGGCCAUUAUUCGACGUAAUGCUCAGCCUCAGAGGAGCAGUGGUUGUUCUUUGAUCGGACAGCUUUCAGAGGCAGGAAAUUCCAGGAGACUUUGUGUCAGUGGAUGGAUUUGGGAUUGUGCAAGUGACAGAUGCAUACCGUACCCCUCCAGUAGUCGACCAGAGUUUCCUCUGUCUUCAUGGAUGCCCGACUGCGAAAUCGAUGUGGAUCGUUGCGACUGCAUUCCAAGAGUUGAGCCAACUGCCCAACUUAGGUCGGUCCAUCGCUGUCACCUAAACAGCUCCAUUUGUUCUCACAGACGGCAACAUUUUGACCCGUCCUCCUGCAGAUGCAAGUGGCCCAAGUAGCAGUCCAAUCUUGUUGGAAAUGGAGAAUUAGCAGCAAAUAAUUUAUUUACAACACUAUUUAUGCAAAUCACAUGAACUAAUGGAGAUGAUAGCCACAAGACCAUGUUAAGUAAAUUUUUUAACAGGUUGAUUUUAUG